AUGCAAUUCUCUACUGUCGCUGUUUUCGCUGCUGUUGCCUCUGUCGCCGUUGCCCAAUCCACCGUGGACGCCAUCUCUCAAAUCACUGACGGUCAAAUCCAAGCUACCUCUGCUACUGAGACCCCAGUUGUUUCCACCGAAUCUGCUUCUGCCAACAGCACCACUGUCUCCAUCCAGACCGCCACCAACGGUGCUGCCAACGUCGGCGCCGGCGCCAUGGCUGUUGCCGGUUUGGCUGCUGCCGGUGCUUUCUUGAUCUAA